AUGACUAAUUAUAUGUUUGUUUUAAGUUUAUUAUUUUUGGCGGGUUGUGUUGGGCUGGCUUUGAAGCCGUCUCCUAUUUAUGGGGGGCUAGUUUUAGUUGCUAGUGGUUGUUUAGGUUGUUUAACUGUUUUAGGUUAUGGGGGGUCUUUUUUAGGAUUAGCUGUUUUUCUAAUUUAUUUAGGGGGUAUGAUAGUUGUUUUUGGUUAUACUACUGCUAUAGCGUCUGAAGAGUACCCAGAAACUUGAAGUUCUGAUUGGAUAACUUUUAUUUAUUUAGUUUCAGGGUUGUUUAUAGAGCUAAUAUUUAUUUAUGUAGUAGGUAGUUAUUUGAUAGAUGAUAUUGGAGUGGAGGUUUAUGGAAUGGAUAAUUGAGUGGUUUAUGCAGUUGAUGAGAUGGGGGUAAUGGGGGAAGAAGGUGUUGGGGUGGCAGCGUUAUAUAGUUGUGCUGCUUGAGUGAUGAUUGUAGCUGGGUGAUCUUUGUUUGUUGGGGUGCUUGUAAUUGUUGAGAUUACCCGAUAG